UUUUACAGGCGUUUAUGUAAAUAACUAUUUCUUGGCUAGGCACAGCAAAGGUUGCCAGGCAACUGGCAUACACUCUAGUUUCCCCCUGUUUCCAGUCUUUAUGCUAAGCUAAUGCUAAGGCUAAUGGCUGUGACAUCAUAUAUAAGGCAGAUAUGUCAUAUCGAUUUUCUCAUUUAACUCUUGGCAAGAAAAGCAAAUAAACGUAUUUCUGCAUGUUGAACUAUUGUUUUAAUAUAUUUAUAUAUUUUUUUUUACCUCAGACAAAUAUUAUGCAACUCUAAUGACCUCUAUGGUGAAAAACAGUUCACCACACCAUGCAGCAGAGAAAAAUGUAGGUUACAGUGACAGUUUGUGAAGAUUAGUUUAAGUUUUCUUUCGGAAAAAAUGGCAAUUCUUAACAGAGCUUCCAAACAGCAGCAAAGUUCAACAAUGUUUUUAAAAGAAUAUACAUAUAGACAGAUAAAUAUACCAUAGAGAGAAAUUUGUCCUUAAUGUACAGACUCUCAUACAAAGAAAUAUGCACCUCAGUUUGUGCCAAGCAGUGCAGAUAGGCUAUGCAGUGCUGAUCAGAAGAAGUACUGUGGUGCGUGCAGCCAGUAUCUUGUCAUGAUAGGCCACUUGUGAGCUGCUGCUUAUUAAGGUUGAUUCUCUUUGAAUUUGGCUCCCGCCGCAGAGAACAUGCGCAGUGUGCAGCGUGCUGCCUUCAGUCAGUGGAGCAGCUGUCCAGGGUUUGGAAUUCCAACAUGGCAGAGGCUGUGGUCAGUCUUCCCCUCACUAACUUGGAAUGGUUUCAAAUCGCGAGCAGCCGCGCUUAACCUCAGCGAGCCAUUCAUCUGCACCGCUCACCGGAUCGAUGGUGCUAUAAACCCUGACGCUGCCCUGCCACCUACACAGGCUUGAAGACAUGAUCACUAGCACCAGUAUUUAUGGUCUAAAGAUGCAGUGGACCCCAGAGCACACACAAUGGGCAGAGCAACACUUUGACAUCUCAUCCACUACCCGCUCGCCAGCACACAAAGUAGAGGCCUACCGGGGGCACUUACAGCGAACGUACCAGUAUGCGUGGGCAAACGAUGACAUCUCUGCACUGACUGCCUCCAAUCUGCUUAAGAAAUAUGCAGAGAAGUACUCUGGGAUCCUAGAGGGCCCAAAUGAAAGAGCCCUGCUGUGUUCCUACUCUGAUAGCACCACUGGACUCAUGAAUGGGCGAAAGUCAGAGAAUGAGUCCUGGCAGGAGGGGAUUUACCCAAUGAAUUGUGCUCCAGAUGUUAUAUCUGUGAGCAAAGCUGGAAUGACAGCUGCCCUACCCCCUACAGAUGUGUCCGCUAGCAUAGGCAGCUCCCCAGGGGUGGCCAGCAGCUUGUCUGAGCCUAGCUAUUCCAGCAGUAACUGUGGGAGCCACACAGCCACUACGCUCCACUCGGGCCUCCCCUCUCAGGAAUAUACUGCCAGCUACAACGGCUCCUACCUGCAUUCUAGCUACAGCGGCCAGAGUACCCCAGCCCUCCCCUCCCCACACCCCUCUCCUUUGCACAGUGCUGGGCUCUUACAACCACCACCCCCACCUCCUCCCCCUACCUUAGUGCCGAGCUACAACGCUGGGUCUCCAAACCUUCCCAACUACAAUUAUCCUCCAACAGGGUAUCCUUCUCAGACUGCUGUUGGCCCUGGUUAUAGCCCUGGGGGAGCACCCCCUCCUUCUGCUUAUCUACCAUCCGGUAUUGCAGCUCCUACACCGAUCCCUCCUUCCACACUGCCUGGCUACACCUACCAGUCCCCUAAUCAUACACCAAUUGCACCAACACCUUUGAAUGGCAGCACAUCCAACUCAUUAAAACGGAAAGCUUUCUACAUGAGUGGACAUGGAGAAAUGGACUCUAGCUAUGGUAAUUUCAACUACAACCAACAGCACUCUUCGCAGAGCCCAAUGUACAGAAUAACAGACAGCAGUGUCGCAGACUCAAACAGAGGCAAUGGCUUUGACAGAAAUGCUGAGGCAUCGUCUUUAGCUUUUAAGCCAACCAAACAGUCAAUGUCUUCUGAUCAACAAAGAAAAUUCAUUAUACACUCUGGCAGAGCACUAACUCCUCCAUCCUAUGGAUCAACCAAAAGCUCUGUGGGUGAUCUCAGAACUGGUGAGCCCUACAGCAAGUUUGGAUCCCCCAUCAUGAGUGAGCAAACUGAAGAGCACAGACAGCACCUCUCUCACUCCCUAACAGGGCCUGACAUUGGUACGGCUACCUCGUCCAUCCAUGCUGCAGAGGAACAACUGAAGAACAGUGAUUCCAAUCUGGUGGAGAUGGUGACCACAGAAAUCCUUCAGCAGGGCCCUCCAGUGGCCUGGAGUGACAUAGCGGGUCUGGAUAUGGCCAAAGUAACCAUCAAAGAGGAGAUACUAUGGCCCAUUUUAAGGCCAGAUAUGUUUAGUGGACUUGCCACAUUACCUCGGAGCCUCCUUUUAUUUGGACCUCAGGGAACUGGUAGAACGCUGCUGGCCCGCUGCAUGGCCAGUCAACUGGGGGCUGCCUUCUUGCGACUCAGCAGCUCAGCUCUGGUGACCAAGUGGCUAGGGGAAGGGGACAAGAUCAUCCAGGCUUCUUUCCUGGUGGCCCGGUGUCGCCAGCCAGCAGUGGUGUUCAUCAGAGAGGUGGACCUGCUGCUGUCAGCCCAGCUCAGUGAGGAUAGCCCAGUGAAUCGCCUCAAGGCUGAGCUCCUCAUGCAGCUUGACAGUAUUCUGACCUCUACUGAGGACCAUGUCCUUGUGGUCUGCUCCACCAAUAAACCGGAAGAGAUCCCAGAGUCCCUACGGAGGUACUUUACCAAGCGACUGCUCAUCCCCUUGCCUGAUGGGACAGCACGACACCAGAUAAUCAGCCAAUUGCUCUCACAGCACAACUACUGUCUUAGUGACAAAGAGAUGUCACUACUGGUUCAGAGGACAGAGGGCUUUUCAGGACUGGAGGUGGCUCAGCUGUGUCAAGAGGCUGUGGUAGGUCCUCUCCAUGGCAUUCCUGGUACUGACCUGUCAACCAUCCACCCCACUCAGAUGAGACCGGUUUCCUACCAAGACUUUGACAAUGUGUUUUGCAAAUUUCAGCCCAGCAUAUCACAAAAAGAACUUGACAUGUACACUGAGUGGAAUAAAAUGUUUGGUUGUACUCAAUGAAAGAGACCCAUCAAACACAAUUUCUUUAAACCCAGUAGUUGAUUACAAAUAAGUGUUUGGCCUUCAAUGAACAAGAAAAAUAACAGUGGUGACAUGAACAUACUAUAUACAGCAAAGGGAUUGUCCUUGAAGGCUUUAGACAGAAGAUGACAGACUCGACAUGACACAUUGGUAAAAAUGAAUUAAAUGCUUUAUAUGGCUGACGCCAUGUGCUCACUAAAACUCAAACAACUUGGAGGAGACGCCCCCAGUUUUUGUAUAUACAUAUAUAUAAAUAUAUAUACAUACUAUUCUGCUGAUCUUGAGAUUUAGUUGCUAUCAAGUGCCUGAGGUGGUGCUGUUUAAGUUUGUUUUUUAUUUUUGCCUCACAAUCUUCAUUGGUGACAUGUGCUAAUAUAAAAAAGCUUUAAAAUGAGACAAAAAACUUGCUUUCUCUUUUCCAUUAGAACAGUGUUUUACAGCUGUGUCUGUUUCGUGCUCUCUGUGAACAGUUGUGGUUAAUUUGAGUUAAAUUAAAUUUAUUGGCAUACUUACAGUUGGGCUUCAUUAUCUUACACAGGUUUUAUUUAUGUGUAAAUCAUUUCAUUACAGUAGCAUCUACAUGUUUUUGCUGGAACAAUGCAGUUUGUUAUCUAGCAAAUUUAAGGUGAAUUUGGUUGCUGUUUUAGCCUGUCCACUAUAGAUGAAAUUACAAAAACAAAUAUUAUUUUACAAUGUGACUUAAAUCUAAACAAUAAAUAAUUGCUGUUAAAAUAUCUUUACAGUAAUCAUUCAGUGUUUCACAUAAAUGUAAAAUUCUACCAUUAUUUCUUUUGAUGUUCUCUAUUUGAAAACUCAGGAAAGUGAUAAUGAUAUGUAUAGUACCUCAUAAGCUUGUGUCGAAGCACUACAAACUACAAGAGCAUUUGGCUUGCAUUUGAAAUUCCAUCAUCCAACCAUGUAAGGUUAUAUAAUACCUCAAAAAGCUCACAAAUGAAAUAAGAAGGUUCCUACAAUGAAUGUAUGAGAGUAAUUCUGGUUUAUUUACAAGACAAAAAAGUAAUUUGUUUGGGGUUCUUUACAUUCAUUACUUUAGCUUGUGGUGAUGCAGAGCUGAGAGAAAUUUGAAAGGUGCAGACAAACAUCUUGGGGUUGAGGAAGACAGCUGCCCUGAGCUAUUUCAUUCCAUCCUGCUGCUGUUUUAUCAUUAAUGAAACCUAAGGAUUAUGUAUAGCCUAAGUUCCUUUCUACCUCAGUUUUUUAGUUAUCUCUGAAAGACAAAUUCAUGAAGACAGCAAAAUGUCAGCACCUAUUCUGCUUGUUUGAUGAGGAAACCUUUUGAGAGAACACCAAACAGUAUUUUGUUGUGUGCAAAAUCUAUUAGCUUUACAUUUUGAUAACUCCCAAGAACCCUGUUUCUCACCACAUAAUGCACUUAAAGGGGAAUACCACUAAAUAUCAGGUUUGGGAUACACUAUGCCUUUGCCUAAGGACAAUUUGGUCUGUAUUAGCUAACACUCACCAGUGGAUCUUUUUGCCAUUGCUUGUUUGCCCCUGAAUCUGUGAUGUCAAAUCGAAAAUCUAAUUGUGACAGUAUUCGCAGUGACGUUUGAUACGCAUUGUUUGGCUUGAAACCAAUUCCAUUAUUUUAAUAUAAAGUUUACAGGAGAAUUGGUUUGACUGUCUUAGGCCAUUACUAUAUCAUUCAUAAAUUGAGUGGCAUUCCUUUUUAAGAACAUGUCUUGAAGGCUAGUCUCACUGUACACAAAACUGUUAUUUGUACUCUCUGACAUGUCAUUUUCACAUUUAAACUGUUGUGUUUACAGUGCUAUUAAUCACUACUUGCUGCCAUUAAUCAGUACAUUUCCAUGCAAUGUUUUUGGCACUGAAAGAGCAGGACUGAAUUGGCAUGUAAAAUGUUGUUGAAUGUAUUAUGUCCUCUGAGCAGUAAGGAAAGCGAAGCACUCGCACAUUGAAAAAUGCCACUGAAGUAGAUAGCACUGUAGGUGUGGGUGUAUAAUACUGCAGAGGCAGUAAAGGACCUUGUGUUAGUUUGUUAGUUUUUCAAAGGAGGUCCCUUCAUGUUUGUUGCCUAUUGCACAUGUUUUAUCUGUUCUUUUUUUUAUUAGACAGUGUGCAUAUUGAUCACUGACACCUGGAUUGGUAUCAUUAACUCUUUCAGACCUGUAUUAGGAUGUAUACAGAGCAUCCAGACAAUAGCAGAGAAACUACAUAGCAGCAGAGAAAGCUAUUAAGCUUGUAGAAGUUUCACAUUAUCUGUGUUAUAUAUUUAUAGAUAUGUACUCUAGUCAGAAGAUGGAUGACAGCAUUUUCAUUGAAUGCACACAAGUUACAGGAAUUGGUAAAACAUUAACCCAACCCCACACAAUUUGAUUAACCCAGAUUCAAAGCAUUCACCAUAAAAUAAAUUUUUAUUUCUACAUGUAACUAAAUAGACAACAGUGUAGAAUAUGAAUGCCCAUUUAUGUUUGUAAGUAUUGUUUUCUCAGAUUAUAUGGAUGUGGGUCCUUUGAUUUUAACUUCAAAAUACUUUUAUAAUAAUUAAUAAUAGUAAUAAUUUUUUCUGAGACUUACUCUAUACAUACACCACAUCCAGCGGGUCCAGAGCCAACUUUGUUUUCACUUGUAGUUACACAGGAAACUGGACCAAUAGUAAUGGAAAAUACAUUUUAAAAGGUUGUUUUUACUGCUUUAACUGCAGAAGUGUAGAAAAUGAGCAGAAAUCUGAAACAAUUGCAGAGCUCCCAAGCCAAAGUAAAACAGCUUUCUUUUGAAUAUGAUGAUUGGUUUGAAGAAGUUGUGAAUUUCGGUGUCCUUUAUGCCACAGUGUAGCUGUGGAUAAAUAGAUGUUAGUAGAAAAUCUCACAUACCACACAGUGUAUCGUCAUGCUGGAAUUGUUCCUGUGUCCAUGAUUGCUAAAUUUUAAAAGUAAUUUUGCUCAUUGCAAGGGUUUUGACAAGAAGGUGAUAAGAAGCUCUAAGUGCCAUUUAACAAGCGCAGAUUUUACAAGUUUAAGAGGUCGACUGCUCAUGAAUUUACAGAGAGAUUUAUGUUAAAAAGGGGAAGUAUUCUACUCAAAUUAAGUAGUAGGACUACUUGUAAUCACUCCAUGUCUGGUCACGUAUUUGCUUUUUUUUUUUUUUUUAUUUGUCUCCCUAACAGUGCAAUAUAGUGUAACACAAUUUUCAUCACAAGUAGACAGUAAAAAGGCUUACAGCAAAAUAUGAUAUGAGGAAAACAAUUACACAUUUAUUCAGAUAGGAUGUAUAUUUCACAUGCUAUAGAUGUUAUCAUUAAAAAUAGUCAUUCAUUAUUGAGGGUGAUGAAAGUAAUGAAAGGUCCAACAGUCACAACCAACACUUGAGCAGAACCUAUGAUAAGCACAUCGUGUCACAGUGAUGCCAACUCAAUCACUUGAAUCGCUUUUUUUCAGAAUCUGUCUUAAAUUUCUGUAAUUCUGUAUUUCUGAAAUUACAUUUUGUUGAGAACUGCUUAAGAUUUUGAUUCCAUCCUUACGUAGUUUUAUAGUCUGGCAUUCUUUAUAACCAUUUCUACCUCAUUGCUACAUAUUGUACAUGUAGUACUUGUGUCCUGUCAUUUUGAAUGUCAUGCAUUUGUGGAUAAAAAGUUAAAAGAACGAAAAAAAAUAACAAAAAAAGCUUGCCCUUGAAUCUGAGCAGUCUACCUCAAAAAGACUGUCUUUACACUGUCAAGUUAAAGUCACAGAAAAAAUAAGGCACCUUGAGGGCAAAGAUGAAGUCAAUCUGCACAUACUAACGUACAGUUUAUUUACAAUACCACGUUUCCAUUGAAUUGUUGUGGGCUGUGAAGGUCUUCUACAAGGUCGCCGAUGCAAAUUCAUCUCCUAAAAAGUAACAAAUUGCUUUAAUCCUUUGUUAAUUGUUGUAGUGCGCAUGUUAAUGUGUAUGUAUGUGCACUUGCAAGUAUGAGGAGAUAACAUUAAGAUAUGAAAAAUCUGAGUUUUUACUUUUCAUAUACAUGUACAGAGAAUAAACUUGCACAUAGCUGUAUGUAUUGUACAUUUGCUAAUGAUAUACAGCAUACAUACGAAAAAUGCACCACAUACAUGUUUAUAUGUGUGUAUGUAUUGCCAUACUUACAGUACAGUCAAUUUAAAUGUAUUUUAAUUUCAAGGUACAUAAAGGCUAUUGAAAUACUGAAUAAAGAUGUUUUCUUUUUUUUCCUGAAAACUGGAUGCAUUUUGUACCUUCACUUGAUUAAAUUUGCAAUGGUGUGAUUGAUUUAAGCCUGUGCUAUUUCAGUUUCAAGCAAUUUCUGUGACAGUGUUCAAUCCAUGACAACUGAAAUCAUAAUUUCUUUAUUUCACCAGUGUUUAACAAAGAUAUCGUGAAAGUAAUUCAGUUUGCAGCAGUUUACAGAGGCUGAUUUUAAGGCUUACUUUUUAUUCCACUUCUCUCACCGAUACAAUCUCAUGAUCCAUAAUAAUUUAUAAAUUCAUACUGGCUAUUUUUUAUUGUAAAAUGAAUAACCAUGCUUAAAAUUUGUCUUUCAUGGUAUUAUUAAUUAGUAGGUGUUAUAUGCGUGGGAAGUUUCUGUGCAAUUAACAUAAAUGAGAAAAGACAGUAUAUCGUGUCAGUCUCGGUAAUUCUCUUUUUAUCUCGUGAGUAUAUCAGCUGUGGGUGCAGUUUAUCAUCAGAUCUAACAUAUAUCUACUAUUUCAUGAUUCAAAACACAGGGUGAAAAACACUGGUUUUAAAGAAUAAAAUCAAAUAAAUUUAUACAUGUAUUAUGUCAUUUAUGCCAAUCAUUUGGGGAAACAUCCAUACUUUGCACUGAAAAUUGUAAAUAAAACAUUGUUUUCAUUUCCAUAGAGCCUUUCUAAAUAAAGACUUGAGUUGUACAUGA